CCCAGAACCGAGCAAGAGGAGCAGAGGGACCCCCCAGAACCGAGCAGGAGCAGAGGGACCCCCGGGCCGGCCGUGCUGCAGGCAGCAUGGCGCAGUGGCAGGAGGUGCAGAGCUUGGCCAACACCUACCAGGAGCAGGUGCACCAGCUGUACGCGGGCUCGGCGCUGCCCAUGGCCGUGAGGCAGUGCUUGGCCGCCUGGAUCGAGGACCAGAACUGGCGCCAGGCGGCGGAGCCGCUCUCCUCGGGGCACGCCCGGAUGCUGUUCCAUUCCUUACUGGUGCUACUGGGAGAGUGCCUGGGCAGCCUGGGGUCGGGCCACGAGGAAUUCAUGCUGAAGCACAACCUGCGCAAGGCUCAGCGCGACCUCCAGGCCGAGUUCGAGAAGCAGCCGGAGGGAUUCGCCAACCUGGUGGCCAACCUGCUGCAGGAGGAGCGGCGGAUCCUGCGCCUGGGGCAGGCGGGGGGGCAGGGGGGUUCGGCCCCUGUGGCAAGCCCAGCCCCGGAGAGCGGUCGGGAGCAGCAGAUCCAGCGGCGUUUGGCUGAAUUCCACACAGCCCUGCAGGAAGCCGAACGAGCCUUCAGGCACCUGGAGGAUUUGCAGGAUGCUUUUGACUUCUGUUACAAAGUGCACUACCAACCAGCCGAGGGCAGGAGCAACGACCCCGGCUACAUCCAGGAGCUCCAAACCCUCCAGGCCAAACUGCAGAACCUGGACCGGCAGCGGCGGGAGGUGCUGGCUCAGAUGCAGCAGCUCUUGGGGCGCAGCGAGACCCUGCAGGAGCUGCUGCGGGAGGAGCUGGGGGGCUGGAGGGUGCGGCAGCAGCGCCUGUGCCUGGGGGGCCCUGGAGACACCAACCUGCGCCCGCUGGAGACCUGGUUCACGGAGCUGGGCCAGGGGCUGUUCCAGCUGCGGCAGCUGCUGCGGGCGCUCAAUGACCUGCGACAAAAGGUGACCUACGAGAGGGACCCGCUGGUGGCAGAGACGCCCCUGCUGGAGCAGCGGCUGCAGGAGCAGCUCACGCACCUGCUGAAGAGCGCCUUCGUGGUGGAGCAGCAGCCCAGCACCCCCAACCCUGGGAAGCGCCCGCUCGUGCUCCGCACCGCCAGCAAAUUCUCAACCCGCGCCCGGCUCCUGGUGAGGCUGCACGACCGCAACCACCACAUGGAGGCCAGGAUCCACAUCGACAGGGACCCGCCCAACAUCAAAGGGUUUCGCAAGUUCAACAUCCUCACAUCGAGCAGCAAAACGCUCCUGGCCGGGGACAGUCCCCAGGAAGGGCUGGUCUGCGAAUUCCAGUACCUUACGCUGAAGGAGCAGAAGGACAGCAGGGCUGGCAAGGGCAAAGGCACCAGCGGCGAGGGUCCCCUGGUUGUGACAGAGGAGCUGCACCUCAUCACCUUCACGCUGGCCUACGCCUACUGCGGGCUGGAGCUGGAGCUGGAGACCACCACGCUGCCCUUUGUCAUCAUCUCCAACAACAACCAGUUCUCCAGCGCCUGGGCCUCCAUCCUCUGGUUCAACAUGCUCAGCUCUGACCCCAAGGCCCAGCAGUUUUUCUCGUCCCCGCCGCCGGCCCCGUGGCCGCAGCUGGCCGAGGUGCUGAGCUGGCAGUUCCAGAGCGUGGCCGAGCGAGGGCUCAGCCGGGACAACCUCCUCAUGCUGGCUGAGAAACUCUUGGGCUCGAAGCCAUCGCUGGACAGCACCGUGCCCUGGCCCAAGUUCUCAAAGGACGGACCUGCCGGUUUCUCCUUCUGGGCCUGGCUGGACGGGAUCCUGGGGCUGCUCCAGGAGCACCUCAAGCAGCUCUGGAAGGACGAACUCAUCCUGGGCUUCGUGAGCCGCAAGCAGGAGAAGAAGCUGCUCAAGUCCAAGCGGACGGGGACGUUCCUGCUGCGCUUCAGCGAGAGCGUCCUCGGCGGGGUCACCUUCACCUGGGUGGAGCACCACGAGGGGGGAUCCCCCACUUUCCACGCCGUGGAUCCCUACACGGCCUCGGAGCUGGUGUCGCUGGCGCUGCCCGACAUCAUCCGCGACUACCAGAUGAUGGUGGAGGAGAACAUUCCGGAAAACCCCCUCAAGUACCUGUACCCCAACACCGCCCGUGACGAGGCUUUUGGACCCUACUACAGCCAGAGGCAGGAGGGGACCCUGAAUGAGAACCAGAAAUACCUGAACCGGCGCCUCAUCCGUGUGUCCUCCAGGCAGCCCAGCAAGUGGCAAACAGAGGAGGAGCUGGUGGUGGCCACAGAGAACCUGGAGACGCUGCAGCUGCAGCCCAGAGGGCAGGGGACACAGCAGGCUGGUGGCCUGCCAUUGUCACAGCCCCAGAGCUCGGGGACACCACAGGGCACCCCUGGCAAUGUGGGGACGCCUCAUGGGGUGGCCACGAGCCCAGGGACACUGCAGGGGGUGGCCACAAGGCCAGGGACACUUCAGGUGGCAUCUGGGAGCCUGGGGACCCCUCAGGGGGUGGCCACAAGGCCAGGGACAUUUCAGGUGGCAUCUGGGAGCCUGGGGACCCCUCAGGGGGUGGCCAGUAGGCUGGGGAUAGCACAGGUGACAGCCACAAGCCCAGGGACUCUGCAGGUCAUCCCUGGGAGCUUGGGGACACCACAGGUGACAGCCACGAUCCCAGGGACUCUGCAGGUCACCCCUGGGAGCUUGGGGACACCACAGGUGACAGCCACAAGCCCAGGGACCCUGCAGCCCACGGGCUUGGGGAUGCUGCAGCCACAGCCCCAAAGCCUGGAGCCAGCACAGGUGGGAUCAGGUGUCCCCAACAUCCAGGGGACACUGCACGGGCCACCAGGGGCCGUGGGGACUGUGCAGGUGCUGCCUGGGGGGCUGGGGAUGCUGCAGGUGGGAUCUGGGGACUUGGGGACACUGCUGGGGGAGCAGGGGACAGUGGCUGUGGGCACGGGGACGCUGCAGCCGGUGCCAGGCGCUGUGGAGCCACCGCAGGUCCCCGAGGAGCAGGGGACACUGCCACCCGAGCUGGAGCUGCUGCCGGGGAGCCAGGACGUGCAGGAGCUGCUGCAGGGGCUGGAGUCGGGCUCGGGGACCCUGGAGAUGCUGGAGGUGGCGGAGCUGAUGCCGAACAUGGUGGAGCCCCUGGGGGAGAAUUUCCAGCUGAGCGCCGGCAGCGCUGCACUCCUGGACCGCCACGACCCGUUCCUGCCGCUGCCCGAGGACUCGGCCCUGCCCGCCGUCCCCUCCCUCUUCACCGACCUCCCCCCGCUCCAAAUCGACGCCAGCGACUUCCAGUGACCCCUCCCGGGCCCCCUCCCUGUAAAUAAACCCCUUCCCACGAACCCCGA